AUGGCUGCUUUGGCAUCACUCUUACCGGCUCCAUUGAAUGCCCCAGCCGUUCCAGACAACGAGAACCAUGUUCCAACCGUUACCCCAAUUGCACCAACUCAAUCGGUAAUUAUCCGGACAGCUGUUCCACCCUAUGGACAGCGAGUAGGUUGGAAACCAACAAGUCAAGAAGACUUUGGUGAUGGUGGCUCAUACCCUGAAUGCCAUGUCGCGCAGUAUCCUCUCGGUCUGGGAAAGAAGAAGACUGCCGCCGGAAACACCCUCGCACUGCAGGUCGACAGCGAAGGCAACGUCCGCUACGAUGCCAUCGCCCACCAAGGCCAACGAGAAGGCAAAGUCGUCCAGUCCCAGUUCAAAGACCUCGUCCCCCUCGCACACCGCAAAGACCUUGAUGACGCUGCUCGAAGCAUGGAACGGCCUUCUGAAGAGGAGGUCAUGGAAACUGCUGAACGAACCAAGGCCGCCUUGGAGAAGUUGGUGAAUGGGAAGAUAAAAGCGGCGCAACCAAAAAAUGUACCGGAGAGUCAGGGAAAGACAACGUAUAUACGGUAUACGCCUGGGCAACAGAAUGGAGGGCAAGGGUUGAACCAGAGGAUUAUAAAGAUGACGGAGGUGGUGGAGGAUCCGUUGGAACCGCCUAGAUUCAAGCACAAGAAGAUCCCUCGUGGCCCACCCAGUCCUCCCCCACCGGUUUUACGAAGUCCACCGCGCAAAGCAACAGCCGCCGAACAAAAGGAGUGGAUGAUUCCUCCGUGUAUUUCCAAUUGGAAGAACAACAAGGGUUUCACCAUUCCUCUCGACAAGCGGUUAGCGGCAGAUGGUCGUGGCCUGCAGGAUGUACACAUCAACGAUAACUUUGCCAAAUUUUCCGAAGCUCUUUUCGUCGCUGAUCGACAUGCCCGUGAAGAAGUUCGACAGCGAGCACUCAUGCAACAGAAACUCGCUCAAAAGGAGAAGGAGGCGAAGGAGGAGAAUCUUCGCAUGCUCGCCCAACGAGCGCGUGAAGAACGUAGUGGGAUUGCACCUAAACCUUCUGCUCAGUCUCAGGCUGCAAUGAAGUCUUCGUUCGCAGCGUACGACAGUGGCAGUGACAGCGAGGCCGAAUCUGGUUCGGACUCGGAGAGCGAUGACGAUGAGGACGCAAGGAAGAUUCGAGACCAGAUGAGGGCGGAGAAGAGACGAGAACGAGAGCGGGAGAUGCGAAUGAACAACAUGGGUACCGAGCAGCGAGCCAAGAUGCUCGCUCGACAACAAAACCGAGAUAUUUCGGAAAAGAUUGCGCUCGGUCUGGCCAAACCUACCAUGUCGAAAGAGUCAAUGUUGGAUUCCCGACUUUUCAACCAGGAGAGCCUGUCCGGGAGUUUCGGCGACGACGAAUCAUACAACCUCUACGACAAACCCUUGUUCCAUGGCUCCACUGCCGCUGCUGCUAUCUACAAGGCCAGGGGCAACAUGGCCGAAGGCAAUGAAGAUUCGUUCGGUGGGGGUACGGAGGAGGGUAUUGGGCGUGCGUUGGACAAUGAUCGGUUCAGUCUUGGUCGGCCCAAGGUCGGGUUUGAAGGCGCCGCUGACCAGGAGGUUCGGGAAGGCCCCGUGCAGUUUGAGAAGGAUACUGGAGACGUUUUCGGUGUCAAUCAGUUCUUGGACGAAGCAAAGGCUGGGAAGAAGCGUGGACUGGAAGCAGGAGGAUCGAGCUCAAGGAAACGGCAACAACUGGACCGUGCAGGAGACCGGGAGUAG